UAUAAGGAGAAACCGAUCAAUCGCAGAGGUGGACGCACACUCGAGGGCAUACCACCGAAGGAAUUAUGGACGCGUGAUUGGCCUGUGGCCACUAUCAGUCCUGUGCAACCUGACCUGACCUGCAAGCUGACCUUCAAGGUCGAUAAAGUUACCAGUCUGGCAAAUCCCCUGGCAUGCAAAUUAGAAGAAUGGCGUCGUACCUUAACUCAACUCGAGAAGGACCGAACACGCCAGACUAAGCGUGCUCGCGCCGAACUCAAACGCGCUGUUUCGGAAGCCAGCCGCUGGCAAAAGAAGGCUGCCAAAUGUGGUACUUCAACCGCAAACCUGGCUCCCGGCGUUGGACAUGGCAUUUUGCCGAGUUCUGCUGCGGUUGGCUCUAAGGCUGGCGUAGUGGCUGCACAGGCUGCCAAUGCAGCACGUGAAGUACAGUGUAAAACCGAACAGGUCGAAGCCGCUGAGAAAUCGGCCGUGCGUUCUCUAAUGCUUGAGGAACGUGGACGAUUUUGUUUUUUCCUAUCCUGCUUACUACCAGUAUUGGUAAGUGACUCACCCAAUGGAUAUCCAGUGGUGUCGUGCUAA